AGUGCGCGCACCGCCUCCACGCGAUGCGCUGGUCUCCCGGUCGACCCUCGCCCUCCGAAAUGACGAUGAUUUGAAAAUUUUGCCGAUCGUCAAAAAACCAACCGACGCAAUCGGACGAGACGAAAAUCAAAGAGAAAAAAAAAAAAAAAAACAGAAAGAGGAAGAAAAAACAACCCCCAACGUCGACGUGUUUCGGUAUAUAUCUCGCUGAAGCAUCACGUAAAUUAUAACAUCCUUAUUACGAACGAUUUUAUAACUCGGCUUCUUAGAUCCGGGUGUAAAACGAGAAGACGAAUUAAAUAAAUAAAAUAACAAAGGUGAAACUUGCAUUUGUGAGUCUAGCGAGACUGUUUUAAUUAUUUAUUGGUUUAGUCGUUCUUUUUUAAUCUCUUUCACGCCGCUAAAAUGCGGCCCCCAAUUAACGGUGAAAUGCUAAAGCCAGUGAAACGAUGGGGAGGCGUUUGAAAAUUUGUGAAAAUCCAUGCUGUCCUGCACUGAGGCGUACAAAGUGCGUCAGGAGAUGAGGUUGAUGCGAGGCUGCUGCAGUGAACGGAAAGUCUGCGGGUUUUCGAAAAAAACGGGUUGACCGAGUAUGUCGCGAGGUGCGCGCUCUCGCCCGUCCAACUUCUUUCCGUUAUCCCCUUUCAAGACCCUCUACCUUCUGUCUGCUCUUAUUCUCGAGCUGAGCUCCUCCAACAAUGCAACAGCGUUCGGCCACCUCUCAGGUGAAAAAAGUGUCGAAAGAAACGGCGAGGACCUCGUACCGAGGGAUUCUGAUUCGCAUCUUUUUACCACCGAUGAAAAGGAAAUUUCAUCCGCGACCGAAAUAGACCGGGCCAAGUUGACGAAUAAUUCCACGAAUGGCACAGAGAGUAUCGAUCACCUGCACUACGGGUCGACAACCAUGAGCAGUGGAAACGAAUCGCUUUUAUCGUCGAACGUUCUCGUCGAAGAGGAGGGGAGAGAGUUGAACAAACACCGGGCUGAAAUUGAAAGUGAUUUAUUUUUUAACACGAGUGUAACGGAGACCGAUAUCGUGGAAUCAGAGUCGGAAGUUAUCGGCACCGAAAGUAGCUCGGAGGACGGUUUAGAUUUUAGGGGUGACUUCGGUAGCGGGGGAAAAAAUGGGAGGGCGGAAGAGGAGGUGAGAGAUCAGGUACCAAGAGAUACGGGAUUGACGACGUUAAGUCUCGUCGCACCGGGUAACUUGACUACCGGAUUAUACGAGAGCGAGAGCUCAGCGAUUCGAAAAACAACGGAACGUGCAAACGUGGAAGUGUCGAAGAUCGACGUCGAAUCUCCAUUCGUCGGGUUCGUUGGAUCUCAAAAGUUCCCGGUGAAACCAACGUACAAGCCUUUGCCGCCGGUGGAAAAAUUUGACAGGCGACAUUUUGGUCUUGCCAAACCGGAAGUGGACAACGAAGAGGAAACAAAGGUGUCAGCGACCACUUCGGAACUAGAUUUACCGAAGAGUCCAAGUCGGGACGUCAACUAUAACCAGAGAAUUGAGAAGAAAGAAUAUUCGGGAGAGUACUUUUUCGAUGGCGGAGAAUCGAUCGGUAGCGAAUCCAAUAUUACGGGUGAUCAAAACGCCACUGACGUCGUUAUCCGUAUUGCCUCGAAAGGAGUUUCCCGUAAACAAGAAUUUGGGCUAAAUUUUCUUCCUGGAAACGGCUCCCUUCCCGGUGCUUCGCCGGGACUUCGCGCUCUGGGUAUUCCCUCGAACGCUUCUUUUUUCGACGGCCGUAACGAGACGCUACCCGGAUCAGGGGCGGGGAGUAGAUCGGGUGGAAUCAAAGGAGGACAUUUUGAAGCCAACCUUGAAAAUUUGACUCUGCCAAAAACGCCGGCUGUGCGUGUCGACGAUUUCGGCAUAUUGCGGGACCUUAGCAACGGGGGCUCGGAAAGCUCUGAGGCGAACGAAUUUAAUAGUGAAAUAAUAAACGGAAGGGCUGUCUCCUUCCCUUCGUCCUCCCAUUCCACUCUUUCGUCCUAUUCUUUUUCUCCUCCCGUCGUAUCCACUUCGUCAUCCUACUCGCACGGUGUUAGUGAUGGUGAAAAAAUAAACGUGACGAUAUUAGGUCUCUUCGAACUCACGCAAGGAGUAGAACCCCGCCCCGAAGGACUGAGCGAACUACAGGCUGCCAAACUCGCCGUUGAAAGGAUCAAUGAAAUGGGGAAAAUUCCGAAAUUCAGAAUUCACCUGGCGCACAACGAUACCAAGUGCGACCCGGGGGUUGGAGUGGACCGUUUUUUCCACGCUCUGUAUUCCCGACGGGACGCUUUGAUGCCCUUAUUGCUGGGCACGGCGUGUUCGGAGGUAACUGAAACCCUUGCAAAAAUUGUCCCGUACUGGAGUAUAGCUCAAGUUUCUUUCGGAUCGACGGCACCGGCCUUAUCCGACGCCACGGAGUUUCCCCUAUUUCGAAGAACCGUCGCCCCAGAUUCGAGUCACAACCCGGCGAGGAUCGCCCUCAUCAAACAUCUCGGAUGGGACACCGUCACGGCACUCUCUCAAAACGGUGACAUGUACUCCCUGGCAGUAAAUGACCUGGUCACGGAGCUGGAACAAGCCAACAUCACGUGUACGGCUACCAUCACGUUUGCAGCGAACGACUACAAAGAGCAGCUUCGCACUCUCAAGGAAUUGGAUACGCGAAUAAUUAUAGCCAGUUUCUCCCCCGUUUUGGCGCCGAGAGUCUUCUGCGAGGCGUGGAAAUUGGGUAUGCACGGGGGUGACUACGCUUGGAUACUUCCGGGUGACGCUGUAGAUCUUUCCGGAGUUACGGGCGAAUGGUGGCACACCAGACCAGAAGAUUGCACGUCGGCCGAACUCGCCUCGACCCUGGACGGCCUCGUCAUCGUGAAAAGCCAUACAGUCGUUUUAGGACCGAACAGAAGCGACUCCGGAUGGACGACGGCGGAGUUUACAUCGGAGUUGGCAGCCAGAGGUGUGACCUUGUCGAGGUACGCGGCGCAGACCUUCGACGCCGUGUGGGCUAUGGCACUGGCGUUGUCAAACGCCGAAAAUCAUCUGAACGAACGUAACAUGAGCAUGACCGAGUACACGCACGGCAGACGUGACCUGGCGGACCACAUUUUACGCCAACUCAGUCAGCUCAAAUUCAUGGGUGUAUCGGGUCCCGUCUCCUUCAAAGGUGCCGAUCGCAUCGGAAUUUCAGCUUUUUAUCAGAUGCACGGCCACACUCUGAGGAGAAUAGCGAUUUACACGCCGACAAACGGAAGUUUGACGAUGACUUGCGCGGGUUGUGCGUCUCCUCAAUGGCCAGGUGAACAUCCCCCAGCCGCUCGCCGCGUGUGCCGGCUCAGGGUAGUGACGGUCGCUCCGGGAGCGUUCUUGGCUGUCACCUGCCUCGCCAGCGUUGGAGUCACCCUGGCUCUCGCCUUUCUCGCCUUCAAUCUCCAUUUUCGAAAGCACAAAAGCAUAAAACUGUCGAGUCCAAAGUUGAACAACAUAGCAGCGGUUGGUUGCGCCCUCGUAUACGGAGCCGUUAUACUUUUGGGUCUGGACCACGCUACCCUCUCAGACAGCGACGCUUACUUUCCCAUAGUUUGUACGGCCAGGGUUUACCUUCUAUCCGCCGGAUUUUCACUCGCUUUCGGUUCGAUGUUCACCAAGACUUACAGAGUGCACAGGAUAUUCACAAGGAGUAGAAGUGGGGUCGUUAAAAACAAGUUACUGCAAGACACUCAGCUGAUAAGCCUGAUAUUCGUCUUGCUUCUGAUCGAUGGAUUGGUGGUGACCUUGUGGGUGACCUUAGACCCUAUGCAGAGACACCUUCGCAAUUUAACCCUUGAGAUCAGCUCGCAAGAUCGUGGUGUCGUAUAUCAGCCCCAGGUGGAGGUCUGCAGGUCUCAACAUACGAACGGUUGGCUGGGGGCGCUCUACGCCUACAAGGGUCUUCUACUCGUCGUCGGGGUAUACAUGGCCUGGGAAACGAGACACGUGAAAAUUCCGGCUUUGAACGACUCCCAGUACAUCGGUAUGAGCGUUUACUCCGUGGUGAUAACUUCGGUAAUCGUCGUAGUUCUUGCCAAUUUAAUGUCCGAUCGAGCGACGCUGGCUUUUGUCACGAUAACAGCUCUCAUUCUCGCGUCUACAACCUCGACCCUGGCGCUUCUAUUUCUACCGCAAUUGGCGAAUAUUUUAGCCGGCGAAAGGGCCGAUCCCGUAGUCCAAAGUUUAGGACUUAAAAUCGAAUGCAAUACCAGAAGAUUCGUCACCGACGACCGAAGGGAGUUGCAGUACAGAGUGGAGGUUCAGAAUCGAGUGUAUCGCAAGGAGAUGGCUCAGCUCGAACUCGAGUUAGCGAGAUUGGAAAAGCAGCUCGGUGAGGAACCUCCGGGGCCGUCGCACGCGUCUUCGAACGCGUCUCUUCCCCAAAGAAAUCCGAGCAUAGGAGGAGGACUGCCUCUUUUAUUGCUGAGCGUUUUGCCGCCGGUAAUUCCGCGAGCGAGUUGGCCGUCCGCUGACCCAUCCGGCAUGCGCCGCGGAACCGUAGCCUUUAGCAGUCAACCGGAUUUGGAGGAUGGUCCGCGAAGGAGCUUGGCGGACAUCUACAAACUCCAUCAACGGAGGGAAACGGAAGGACCGAACAGACUCGGCGUAUUUCACAGACUCUUCAGUCUGUUCGGUAGUCGACCGAAUAGUAGGAAAACGUCGACCGCAUCGUUCACCGGGGUGGCCUCUGCGUUGCGUGUUCACAUGGGGUACAUCGCUGGCCUGGUUCCCGGUACAAAGGCUGCCUCUACGUGUCAGGUUGACACUCAAGGCACGCGUCACCCUCAUCCCCGAUGCGGAUCCGGACCGAUCAUCAGCAUAACCAGCGAGGAAGAUCGCAGGUUGAGUUUGGGCCUCCAGAGAAAAGAGUGCAGCGAACCCAGGGUCAAUUUUACGCUACCGCCACAUUGUAGCACGAGUCAGUCGUCGUCGCGAGAAAAAAUUCGCGGAUCCCCGCGAUUCCCGCAUCGCAUAGUUCCGGCGAACAGUCUCGGGGCGAUAUCGGCGUUGGGUUUAAAUCAGCCGCACCGAUGGCGUUCAAUGGAAGUUGCCGCGACGAGUCCGAAGCCGACCCAAAUUCCCCGUGGGGCGUCUCUGAGCCCGAACUGCGACGUUUGGGCAACUUCGGAGGUCGGAAUACCUCUGAGUGACCUUGCCAACAGUGCGAGGGGUAGAAGACCGCCCGAAACGUUGGCUCUGACUAUUCCGGCCGUUUCCGACGCAAGUCCGGACAGUUGGUUGGGCAGCGAUUUGCGGAUGCUAUUUAAAGAAGCCAACGGAAUUCCCGGUGCCGAUUUCAGCCCCGAAAUCGACAAGGCAUAUGGUAUUAAAAAUGAACUGCAAUUCUUGAAGACCGUACAUAUAAAAGUGUCCGAUGAUCUGGUCAACGGAAAAAGUAGGACCCUUGAUUCGGCCCGUAAUUCUCCCGUGGAAUCUAACGACGUCGUUUCGCCGGAAGAAGUCAUCGUCAAAGGAUCGCAAAACUCGGGCCCUUCUCUCCAGCCGCAAGACGACCUCAAAGAUGUUCACAGGCCUGCGCCCGCAACGAUAUCGUUUGACGAGGAAAAACAGGGAACGGUAUAAAUUUGUAUUCUGUGUGUUCCUUAGUCGUGUGCCAAUCAAGUCCCGCAGGAAUACCGAUCGUAUUGUCGUGACGGGAUACAUAGUAUGUCCGUAAUUUCCGAGUAUGCAGAUGUAUACACGGUGCUGCAGCGGUUUCCAGUUGAGAGUAGGUAUGUAAUAAGAAAAAAUAAUAGUUAUAAUAAAUAAAAAAGAAUACCGUUCGACUGGAUCUCCUAAUGCGUAUCUUCCGUACUCUAUACUGUUUAUGGAGUGAAGUAGAUAAAUGGUUAGAGAAUUUAGUAGAGUGGAAAAAAGUUGACAGAUAAGGAUGAGAGAAAUAUAGGAGAAGAAGAAAAAAAAAAAAUCAAUCGCUAAAAUACAAUCAUUUCUUCCAUUAAAUACCAUCCCUUAUUUUCGGGGGCCAAUAAAUCAGAGGAAAUUGUUAUAUAAUUAAGACGUGCGAGAUGUAGUGGAGUUUCUUCAGCUGCACUCCGAAGGGGGCUAGUCGAUCGAUAUUUUGGCAAAUGGUGUCUGGUCGUCGUCGCUCCACGAGGAUGUGGAAGACGGAUGGAUAUGCGUUAAAUCAGUUAGCGUUUUACCGAUAUCCAUUUGGUCCCAGAGACCCUUUCGCACUUAUCCAUAUAUGCAUGGACACGUGCGGCAAAAGGAAUAGACGCAUGAUCAGAAGGAUGAAAAUUUUUCGAGAUUUGUGUGAAGAAAAAAAAAAAAAAACAAUAAUUUAAUUCUGCGGGCCCAGAGUAAAAAGUGUUCAGAGCUCCCUCUCUAGUACCUGCACUGGCGUGUGAUAUCGCGUGGUCUCUCUAUAAUUGUUGUAUAAAUAGGUAAAUCAAUAUUGAUGAUUGAAAAAACAAACAGUGAACACAUGAAAAAUAAACCAACCCCAAGAUCUCCAUACGCGAUAAAAAAAAAAUGCAAAUUGGAAAUCAAAGAU